UGUCAAACAUGGCGCACGUCAAACUAGCCAGAAAGUGAAAUGGAGAGUAAAUGCGCUUGCGAUUAGGAGACAACGAAACAUCAGAAGUCACCAGUCAUGUGGCCGAUGGUGUUAGACUAUACAAAAGAUGAAUGCCAAAGAAUGCUUCGGAAACUGGAAUUGGAGGCAUAUGCUGCUGUGGUGUCAGCCUUCCGGGCCCAAGGGGAGCUGACCAAGGACAAGAAAAAGACGCUGCAAGAACUGAGCAAUAUUCUUUGCAUAUCACUAGAACGGCAUCGUGCGGAGAUACGGAGGGCCGUGAAUGAUGAGCGGCUGAACACCAUUGCGGAACGCAUUGUGGGCCCCAACACGUCAUCCAACUGGGCCAUUGAAGGCCGACGGCUGGUGCCACUGAUGCCUCGGAUAGUGCCUCAGACAGCUUUCAGCGCACUGGCCAACAACGUGGCUAACAGCGUGGCAAAUGCUCAGGCAGCCAAGAGUGCCACUGCUGCUCCCACUGCUUCCGGUGUCACUGCUUCCCUUGAAAAGGAGUUGCUUCACGUUACUGGAAACGGCCCCAGCGCAGCCACGCCAUCAUGUUCGGGGCUCAACGGUCCAACGACGUCACCCCGACCAUUGCAGGCUGCGGCAGUUGUGCCUCCCAGCGCAGCGUGGACACCACCGACCACCACUGGUUCGGUGGCAAAAGCGCCGAACCCAGCUGUUGUGAAGACAGAGCCUCUGCCGAGUGAGUACUUCCCAGAUGUUUCUCAAGCAGAUGAGGACAAUGCCAUGCGCAAGAGGAAGCGCUCCCUGAGCUUGGACUGCCUGCCAACACCACCAGCUGGCAAUGCAACUGCUUCAGUGGCUGUGCCUAAGCCUGCUUCUACCACUGCCCCCGCCACUGCUGUCACUGCAGCUACUCCCGUGGCCACCCCUGCACCGGCUACUCCUGCACCUGCCCCCAUCGCCGCCCCACUCGCACGAGUUACCAGCAACGGUCCUGUUGUGACAAAGGUGGUGGUCCCAACAUCGCUUCCUGGUGCCGCUGCAGCUGCCUCGCCCGGCAUAACAACGAAGGUGGUUAACUUUCCACCGGUGUCCACUACACAGCUCAGAGUUCCAAUGACACCAUCGCAAAGGACAACCACUGUGCCAGCAUGCUCUCAAAAGGUGAUCCUGGUGUCCACAACAGCAGCACCCGGCCCCAUGUCUUCAAACCUGCUGCAGCCCCCUCUGAGUGUGCCUGUGGUGAAGACGGUUGCGGCGCCAGGCACGACACCACUCGUACACCAGGGCAAGGCACCCAUGGUCAUGGGCCUACAAGCCUCUUCAGCCAGUCAUCCCUCCUGCUCUGCGCCUGCUGCUUUCACCAGUGUUGCAUCUAUUGUCACCGCUCCAGUGCCGUCAGCAUCUGUGUCGGUGACAAGCGAGCCUGGUGUGGUGCGCUUGCGGCCACGGGCGGUGACGGUGAACCCCAGGCUGCCUGUCAGGGUGCCUCGCGUCCCUACACCCGUGCCUCCUUCAAUGGGCGGUGGUCCUCCGCAGCUGCCCUGCCCAUCGCCCUCGUACGGCAAGGCUACCAUCUCGGUACCCAAGGGGGCCAUCAUGCAGUAUCGCCAGGAAGGCACAGUGAAGAUAAUUGCUCAAAGCCAGCUGCCCAUCUCUGGCACCAAGCUUGUGACCAAGUCGGGCCCUGGCUCCUCCAGUGCAACCUCCUCUUCCUCCUCCACCUCCCUCAACAUGGCACCACGGGUUUCCACAGUCUCCAUUACAAGCAAUCAGACCCGGGUAGUGAAUGUGAUCACGACAUCGCAGCCUGGUGUAGUUCGAACUCUGAGCCGAACAGUGACCCCCGGCACGUCAGGUUUGAGCCAGCGCCCAAGUCCCACAGGGCUGCGACCCACACUGGGCUCAGGCGCAAAGCCUAACGUGAUUGUCGUGCACAAGGCCCAGGUGUGGCCUCAAGCUCAGCCUGGAAUGGCAUCAUCGUCAUCAUCUCAUCUCAACCGGUCUACAGACUCCGUUACAUAUCUUCAAAGGCAAGACCGACCCAAAACCAGUGUUGGGGCAUGUGGCACUGUGACGGUUGUCAAGACGUCAGUUCCCGUUCCCCAGCCCUGCAUCGCACCUGUUGUAAGGGUGUCCAGAGAGACCACUGUGAAGACUGUGCCACGUCUGUCCGUGCCCGUGAGAAAGCCGCCUGAGCAGUCCUCGGAUGCUAGCAGCAGCAGCAGCAGCAGUGGCGGCUCUGCUUCUGGCAGCAGCGGGGGCAGCGGGGCCAACAACAAUAGCCUUCUGGCGGAGUUGAUGCAGGCUGCGGGCAUCCUCCAAGCCGAGGGCGACAGUGGGCGACCACCCCCACUUCUGGUGGUCGGUGAAGAUGCUGUGCCUCCAGCCGAGGUCGAAGUGGCCAUCGACACUGUGCCCUUGGACGACAACGCUGUGAUACUAGACGAUGGCCAGCUAUUGACGGACAGCGAGGAAGUGAACUUAGGGGAGACCACCCCGGGUGUAGUUGUGGAGGAGGCCCCGUGCCUGCUGCAGGACCAUGUGGUCUGCCACGAAGUGGAACUAGUCGCCCAGCCUGAACUACAGCUUGAGGUCGUGUCAACCGCACCUUCAACUGAAAGUAAUCGUGCUCAAUCUUCCCAAAAUGGUCAAAUUGCAACCAAAGAACCAGCAAGCCAUAAAGUUUUGCCAAGUACAUCAUCCUCAGCUGAAAAACCAAAACUAAAAAGUGCGAACAGUGGUGGCACAUUGCCAACGCCAGCACCUGAAAAGAGAUUGGAUAGACCUCGCAGCCCGCACAGGAAACGGCCAGGCUCUGAUGAUGGGAAGGAUGUUCCUGGUUCCAGUAAUGGUGUUGUGGCUACUGGAGUUGCUGAAAGGCUGGGACUGAUGGUUUCUGGUACCACUGCCAUUCCCAUUUCAUCUACCAGCAUAGCGCAAGCAACUGACACUGCCCAAGCUCAGAUACCUGCCACCAAUUCGCCAGCAAUAGUUGCCACACAGCCUGCCCAGCUUGUAUCUUCAGAGCCUCUAAAGGAAGCAAGCAAUCUUUUACGGCGGACUGAUAAUUCUGAUCUAGCCGUCCCUGGUCCUAGUAAAGUGUCCACCAUAGGUUCAACGUGGAAGCCCAGCACGAAAUCGCCGCCUCCUGGACCAAGUUCGACAGGAGGGCAACAGCCUAACGGGCCUAAGCAAUCCAUUGUUCGUGUUCAACCAGUGCCACCUGUCGGCAUCAGUGAAGCACCGUCGACGUCUAAUGGACCUUCAAGGGUGUUGCCCAGUGCUAUCGCGGUUGAUAUUCUCAACGAAAACUCAAAUGCAGAUAUGAGUGAGAGUCUAAGUAGCAGACAAGCAAGCAAGCAUUUGAGUACGACUUCAAACGGAAAUGGCGGCCCGAGCCAGAGCUCUGUGGAGAAUGUAGCCGAAGAUUCAGCAGAGAACUCCGUGGAGAACCUGAUUGAGAACUCGGAGGGUAACUCGGAUGACAACACAAACGACAGUUCCCAAGGGAGCUCCAGCGUGGUUGGUGGUGCAAUUAACGAGGAGGACUCUGUGGAACCCACGGACCUCCAGGACUCCAUAUCGAGUUCCUCAUCGGCGGCACUAGUCUACCCCCGCAACCCUGAUGAAGAGCAGUCAGCCAUAAUCAGCUCAUCAUCGAAUGACCAUGGUCGGAGGGACAGUCACAAAGCUAAGCGCGCUUGCGAUGUGAGCAGUUCAACCUCGGUGUCUGCAUCUCCGUGCCCAGUUGCACCAAUGCCUUCGACUUCCGCCGUCUUUGGCGAGCAGCGUCUGCCAGCUGCCAGUUCGACACCAUCUGCUCCUGAGCAGAACUCUCCCGAUCAGACGAGCGAGGGCAGUUCCACGGGCCACUUUCAGCUGCCUUCCUGCUUCGGCGAGGGCAAUGGCGGCAGCAGUUCCAAUGUCACGUCGGCUGAGCUGGAAAUUGCUGUGGUCUCCUCACCAACUCCUGAUGCUCAAGAGUUGGCGAACAGUGCGAGCGGUGAGAGCAGUGUUGCCGGUAGUGAAGAGCGAAGUAGCAGUGCCGUCGAGUCGUCCGAGCAGGAGGGUCCAGCUGAAGUGAGCUCGGCCGUCACAACGCAGCAGCCUGGCACUUCGCUGCUGCAUGCGCAGCGUGAAGAGGUGACGUCUGCGCAGAAUGGUAAUGGCUUGUCAUCCGCAGCAAGCAGUGAAGUGACGUCGGCAGUGUCGUGUCCGAGUUUUGACAAUGAUGACGACGAUGAUGUCGAUGGUAAUGAGGCCGGACCGCUAGUGAGUGAGCUUGUUGUCAAUAGUGAUGAAGAAGAAGUGAGCACAGCUGAGGCUGUGUUAGUGCAUUCCGAAGGCCUGGCGGAAAUCACAUGCUCAAGUGUUGAUGCUGCAAGUGCUUCGACAGCUUCUGGUAGCUUGUUUCACCUCAACACACGGCCUCUGUCUGUCUCCAGCACGGAGGAGGCGGAAUAUUUAGGAGGGUCUGUGGAAGUGGACUCCCACGAGGACAUUCCUGAUGCUCAAGCCUUCAGUGACGUGGGCACAAGCAGCAGCUGUGGUAACAGUGGUGAAGCAACAGGAACAGAGGCCGUCGUGGGAAUUGUGCCACCAGCAUCGGAUGAAGCAUCGUCGGACUCGCACUCGGGUGUCGAGUCGUCACGCACUGUGUCAACAGCCUGUGACAGUGCUCCUCCUGCUGGUGACCAGGGGAUCCUGAAUGGUGCAUCAGACCAGCCAAGCCAGUCUGAAACCGGGGGCGGCUUUUUGACGGCGUCUGCGGCAGAGGAACCUGUGGAAUCCGGAAACAUUGGCGAAGAAGUCUAUGAAUUACUGAUCUGCGAUUCUGAAGCCAGUGAAGGCAUCACAUCAGUCAUGGUAGACUCGGUGUCCAGUACCGUGUUCGGAGCACAGCGGGGUGCUGGCCCAUCUCCGUCCACAUAUCACUUAGUCUCCCUUCCGUCGUGCUCAUCGUCCGGCCCCAGCACAUCGCGCUCACCUCCCACAGUAGACGUGGCAUCACUCACUCUUGCGUACCACAGAACUGAUGACGCGGCACACCUCGACACUUCAUCAUCAUCUUCAUUGUCAAGUAGCAACGGGCAAGCCAUUGUGGCCGAUUCCUCUGCUGGCCUGCCAUCGCGUGAUAACACCGCUGUCUUGAAUAGCAUGCCGGGCAGCACUUCUAGUGGAAGUCAGCCAUUACAAGUUGACAAUGGGCACACAAGCAAUAACGGCAAUGGAAGCAGUGGCAGUAGCAGCAGCGGCACCAGCUCGGACCCCGCGACACCGCAGAACGUUGAUGACUCCGAGACAUACGAAAACGGAGCAGCCUCAACGUGCUCAUCUGCUUGCGAUGUCAUUCUGGUCGGAGCCCAUGCCGCCGGAACCUCAUCUGAAAUCGUGAUCUUUGCAGAAGAGGAAGCAACGGCCAAUGUGACCAUUUCCUCGCAUAACUGUGACGAUGAUAGCAGCAGCAAUGCUGCUUUCGAAGAUGUCCCAGGCAACUUGCUGACAGUCAGCUCGUCGGCAUCUGUGCAGAGCCACUGUGGGCUGGUGAAUGGAGUGCCGGACGAACGUGCAUCGACGUCUAGACUCGUUUUGCACCAAGACGAGGACUCAGCAGCGAGUUCAGCCAUUUCAGACAUUGAUGGAGUGGUUGGCAACGUGGUGACCGUUGAGACAGCGAGGGAUAUUGUGGAACAGGUGGUGACCUCGUCAGCCUCUGUGACCCCUGCAUUGCUGUCCCAGCCUAGCACAUCGAGGGGCACAACAGGGCCACAGCUCCUGCUCAAGAGGAAACGUCGUGUUAAUGUUCUUAUUGAUGAAUCUUUGUGCGCCUCGGGGCAUGUGUCUGGCUGGGCGCGAGUGGCAUCGGGGCUCCUGGACCGAGUGUGUAAAUUCAGAGGUGCCAACAGGUCAAAGGGCGUGCCUCCACCAGCACACUGGUUUUUAGAGCCAGUUGAUCCUGAAGAUGCUCCCGGCUACUACGACGUCAUUGAGCAGCCCAUGGACUUCUCGACCAUAAAGAAAAAACUGGAGAGUGGCCAGUACCGGGACAUAACGGAGUUUCAUGAGGACAUGAUGCUAGUGAAGCGGAACUGCCAGACGUACAACCCUCCUGAUCACGAGGCAUCACUGGACUGCGAAGAAGUGUUUGCCUUCUACCUGCAGGAGUACAACCGGUUGGUCGAGAAGUGGCAGAAGAGCCACUUGCUGUCUUCGCCAAAGAGAUCGAAGCUGAGCUGAAAGUGACACGGCAGUGCUUAGUGCAGACAAUGCUUGUGGCGACUUUCCCGUGCACCGAAGUGUUCACCGGUGACAGAGCAGCAGCCCCGUACACUUGGCAGGGUGCGGACAAGGCCACGAGUUGCACGUUUACGGCCCACACCGGACCGAGAGCGCUUCCCUGCCUUCUACUUACAUGCACGUGCUGUACAUAUGGGACUCGUGUGGAAGGAGUGCCACAACAAUCAUCUGUACAUAUGUUCUUUGGACAUCGUCAUCAGUGUCGUCAUGAACACCCCUGCCCCUCUCCAUUUUUAUGGUAUUUUCUCGCCCCUCAAAGCCAAACAGAUGGCCUUCAUCCUGAAGCUUUGGUCUAGUGUCACGUGUUGUACAUUACAAGUCUACAGUUCGUUUUUACUCCCAGCUUAUGCAGUAUGUACAUGGCUAAUUUGCCCCGUAGCAUGUUGUACUUCUUUUUUUUUUUAACUGUAAUUUGUUGGCCGGUCUUUUUUUUAAUGAUUAUUAUUUUAUUAUAUUAUGUUGUUGUUGUUGACCUCUGGUUAUUGCCAAAAGUAAACAGUUGCGGAGCAGCAUUUGGACGGAUCGAAUUGCUGUAGCAUAUACUAUAUGUAUACUAUAUAUAUAUACACCUGGUGCUCAGAGCUUCACAUACUUGUUCUUUACACAUUUCUAUUUGUGCGAUUUUUUUGAAGUGAAAUUAUAUUUUUAAAUGCAUUUGCAAGAUCCCAUGCAGUGCACUUUGCAAGACUGACUGCAGUAGUCGCAACAGUCUGUUGGUCACAUGGGCAUAAAUGGUGGAGAUAUGUUUUGUUGAUCACGAAAGGUGGAAAGAGAGAGAAAAAGGUAAUCUUGGCUUGUGUUUCACAGCAGUUUUUAAUUAUUGCACUAUUUUAGUAACACGCAGAAUUGAAGCAAAAUGUGAUUUGCAGUUUUAGCUCAUGAGUGCAAGUUCUAUUGCUUUGUGCUGGAUCGUUGUGUUGUUCUGCCCCCGCUUUGUUGAUGUGCGAAAAGAAUAGAAUAAUGAUAUCUGCACACCAUGCAAACUUACUUGAGAAAUAUUGUAAUUAAUUGUAAUUAAUUACUAAGCCAUAGUGUGUACAGAUUGUGGUCCCACGUGUAAAUACUGACAGGUGUGUACAUACGAUGUACUAUAUAAUGUAAUUGUUAAGUUUGUGUCCUUCCCCAUCAUCUUCAUUAGUGUACAGUGUAUAUAUAUAUAUAUUGUAAGAAAUGGAUAUUUUUAAGCCCUUGAUUUGUACAUGAAAUUGUGAUUCUACCUGGGCACAUUGUUUUUUUUUUUUAGCAUUAAACUCUGUGAACUUGAGAUGCAGCUGAGAAUGUCAGGCACCCAUCUUAGCCAAGGUGUCUUUUUAGAAAUACUCAUCGCAGGUACGGAUGAUGCGAUGGAGGGACACAGGGCCUAUACUAUUUUUUUUCUGGCACUGGAGAAUCGAGUCUACUGAUAUCUCAUGCUUGAGAAAAAAAAUAAUAAAGACGUGGCAAUGUU